UAUUAAAACUAAAAAAUCUUUCUUUUGUCGAACUUCCUUAAGCUUUUACUCUUUAUACUCUCCACUUUCGGAAUCCAAAUCAAUUACCCAAGACUCACACUUAAAAAAUCCCCCAAAAAUUUUGGAAACAAAAAAAAAAAAAAAAAUGUCGUUCGAUGAACCCUCUGCUUGGCUACUAGAGUUCAUGCAAGAUGAAGACAAGUUGAGCCAAGAAAUGAAGACCUUCAUAUCCAAUCUUCCCAAAAAAAAGGGAUUGUUCGCACCUAAUAACUACGAGCACGAGGGUUUUUGGUAUCCUGCUGUAUUUCUCCAAGGUGUACUUGCCUGUCAACGACACUUCCAUUCUCAAUCUUCCGACAUCUUCCUCGUAACUUAUCCCAAAUCAGGCACCACCUGGCUGAAAGCACUUCUCUUCGCACUACUGAAUCGCCGCCGAUUUCCCAUCGACAAAAAUCACCCUCUGUGCACCACCAAUUCACACGACCUCGUACCUUUCUUGGAGAUGGAGACCUACCUCAAGACCCCAAACCCUAAUUUGGACCACUUAUCCUCUCCCAGGCUUUUCUCCACUCAUAUGCCCUGGACUGCUUUACCUGAGUCCAUCAGAGACAAUUCCACCUGUAAAAUUGUGUACUUGUGUAGAAAUCCCAAGGACACAGUCGUCUCGUCGUACCACUUUUGGAGCUCAUUGAAGCUCGAAGAUACUAAGAAGGAAUUGGAUCCGAAUUCACUUGUGGAAACUCUGAAAGCCUUUUGCCAAGGUGUUAAUGAGUACGGACCAUUUUGGAGACAUAUGCUUGAUUACUGGAAGCAAAGCAAGGAAAAUCCUGAUAGGAUUUAUUUCCUCAAGUACGAGGAUAUGAAAGAGCAACCUACUAUGCAUUUGCGGCGGCUGGCAGAGUUCCUGGAUUGUCCUUUCUCACCCGAUGAAGAAGAAUCUGGCCUGGUAGAGGAUAUUAUUAAGCUUUGCAGCUUCGAGAAUCUGAGCAACCUUGAAGUCAACAAGAAUGGCAAACUAUCGUAUUCAGGUAUACAGAAUAGUUCAUUCUUUCGUCAGGGCAAAACUGGAGAUUGGAAGAAUCAUCUGACGGAUGAGAUGGUUCGAAAGCUCAAUGCAAUCUGUGAAGAGAAGCUUAGAGAAAUAGGAUUCUAGUAAGGCCAACCAUUGAUCACUCAAAUAAAUUGAACUAUUGGAAUUUGAUGAAGAGGUUGUAUUUCUUUAAUAACCAACUUUUAAAAAUUAAUCAAGAUGAUGUAUUUGAUGCAU